AUUGCGAUUCACUGGGACAGUGCAGUGUGAUGAAAUCCCCUAAAGCUGUAAGAUGGCUUCAAAACUUAGAGUUUUUGUCAUAUUGAUAAUUUUAUGGACUAUUGUGUCCAUAUUCUCAGUGAAUUGUGAAGUUAUUUGCUUGGAUCGAGAAGCAGACAUUAACCUGGGAUCUUCAGAAGAUUGCCAAAUACCAGCAACUCCCUUGACUAAAGACGAAUUGAUUCGUGUGAAGAGCCUAUUACUAGAGGGUGUUUGCAAAUAUUACGGCUAUGCAUUUAAAAGUUUAAUUUUCCGAAAAGAUUUUGGAAUUGACUUUUACAGAUUCGAAAGCGAUUAUGAAAAUAAACCGAGCUGUUCAAAAUUGUUUGAUGGGAUAUCCGGAUUAUUUUAUUGGAUUCCAAUUCACAAAGUGAAGCGUAUUAUCGAGGAUGAAGAUGAUGCAUAUCAAAGAGACAGAUAUAUCAUUAAAAUGAGCAACUCAGAAGACAAAGCCAUACAAUUGACAACCAUCUAUGGAAAUCAGAACAAUUUUAAUCCUUCUGAAAACAAUGGAAAUUAUAUUUUGAUGGUGAUUAAACCAACAUAUUAUGCCAUUGAAGAUGUUAAAAUGGAAAGUGUGACAAAAACACCCGUGGAAAUUGUGGAUUUGGGAACAUUUUCCUUUUACAAUCCAUCUGAUAAGCCUCAAAAAGUCAACUUUAAAAUUAAUCUAACUGACCAUCUCUUUCUGGAGUCAGAUUAUUUUCUUUUUGAACGGUCUCAGAUAAAACUCACGGAAAACGGAAAUGUUUGGCAAGGAUUAAAUGGAAUGUUUCUGCAGAGAAACUAUUUAGAGACUCUUUCCCUGGAUUUUCCCAUUCCUCCUAAAACCUCAAUUGCAGGAAGAAUUUUUUCAACUGUAACCAUUACAAAUACUCCUUACACAGCCACCAUGAAAAUCAACGGCCAGAAUUCAACAGAAAAUCUUGCGAAAAGAAUUUAUGGAAAAAUUCAGAAAUUUGAAAAUACCAAUUUACGUUUGGAGAACAUCAAAAUGAGCUCAAGAGAACGUAGAAUUCUUUUUGCCAGCUAUCUUGCGUGUCUCGUAGGUCUUAUUACGACUUUAAUCAUUGGCUUUGCCGUCUUCUUAACCUGCCUCGUGGCUCAGAAGAAGAACAAAGAGUGUAUCUGUCCUAAACCACAAUUCGAGUUCAAUUUGACCAAGAAGAAACAAUUUGUCGCUGAAAAGGCGAGAAACAUUGGAAAAGUAUUUAAACAAGUGGGAAAUAUCUGUGGAAAUAUUUGUAAUUGUAUUUACAAAGAAGUUGUUUAAAAAAAGGUGUUAUUCACCCUAUCCUUAUAAAUUCUACCAGUAAUAAUAAUAAGAAAGUUAGUAAAAGUGGAAGUUGUACUUUACAUCAAAUUGAUUAUUAACACUGAGGAAGUUUAAUCACCCAGUCACGCACUAAACCUUAUUGAUUUUCAGAAAAGACUCUAAAAUCAAAUAAUAAGGAAUACAGUGAAUAUUUAAAAUGUAUUCUUAUUCUUUGCAUAAAUAGACAAAAAAAAAUGUUCAACGAUUGGCAAUAUUGUCUAACAAUUAAAGCGUGUCCACGAUAAAAUUGUUCCAAAUGAUUUGAUAUUUUUAUUACAGAUGUCACUAGCUCUGCAUUUUCGUUGUAUGUAAACAUUGUAAAACGUGUUUUUACCUUUCUUUUGGUGAAACUCUCAUCAAAUUCUGUUCAUUUUUCACUGAGAUAAAAAAUAAUAAUGGAAAAUAGAAAGGAACUGAUCGUAUACACGUAUCUAAAAAAAUCCUGAAAUCAAUUACGAGGACCUUGGAAAACUCACAAAUACCUCACUCCAGACUGUCCGGAAGGUGAUUCUUCGAUUCCCCGACAGAAAAACCACUACCCAGAAACUUGGGAUGACGUCAUAACUUAUUUUCGAUAAUGAAAAAUUUAAACGAUAGCUGCACUUCCUGUAACUAAUAUAAAUGUUUAUCAACAGUCUCAUUCUUUUAAGGAUGUCGCAAUGAAUGACCCAACAAUCCGUAAAAAGUCGACAUUAACUUAAUCUAACAGAUAUAGAUUUAUCGAUACUAUCGAUUCGAUAGUGUCGAAAAGUUAUCAUUCCACCCCUGGAUGUGGAAAAAAUCGGGGUAUUGGAGAUCGAGAUUUGGAGAAAAAAAUGAUCAUGCGCUACAAGAACAAUCCUUUGACAUCUGUGAGGGAUAUGGCUAAAAACUUAAAUGUUCUCUCAGUCUUGUGCACAAAAUCAAACAGAGGAAUGGACUGAAGACUUUUAAGGCCCAAGCAGCUCCUCAUCGCAUGCAAAGUCAGUCAGCUAAAACACAGGCUCGAAGGCUGCACGAUAAGAUGAUGUCUGGCUUUAGUGGGUGCAUCUUGAUGGAUAAUGAAACAUACGUAAAAGGAGACUUCAAACAAGACAGAAAUAUUACACCGCAAAGUCUCGCACAGGAUGUAAGAAAAAGUACAGGUACAAAAAUUAUGAAAAAUUUCCAAAAAAAUACAUGGUUCGGAUGGCAAUCUGCUCAUGAGGACGUCAGAGCAAGGCGUUCUUCAUGCACGGCAACAUGAACUCCUCAAUUUACAUCACGGCGUGCCUCCAAAAACGCCUGUUGCGUCUGUACAGAUGCCAUGAGAUACCCCCGAUCUUCUGGCCAGAUUUGGCGUCGUGCUAUUUCUCAAAAGCAACCAAAGAAUGGUACGAGAAGAACGACGUUCGUUAUGUACCCAAGGAGAUGAAUCCGCUAAACACUCCAAAUCUCCGUCCAGUUGAAAGAUAUUGGGCUAUUAUCAAAUAGGGUCGGAGGAACGUCUGUUCGACAGGGAACCCCUAUUGACACUUUUGUCAAAAUGUUGAAAAUUUAUUAAUUUAUCUAGUAAAAUAUAAGUAAUAUAACGUUUUUUCUGUAAUAUACCUUUUACUAUAAACAGAGAUGUUCAAAUUUCGUAUUCCAAAUGGUACAGAGUAGGGUGUCAAUAGGUGCUGACACGAGUUCUUAAAGUGUCAAUAGACGUUCCUUUCACCCUACGAUCUGAAGAAGAAGGCUAAACACGUCGAGAACAUCGAGGACUUCAAGAAAAAUGGAAUGAAACAACCAAGAACCACGAUGAUGAUCUUGUACAGACCUUGAUGGGAGGACUCAAGAAAAAGAUUCGAGAUUUCACCAAUCGAAUACUUGAAUAAAAAAAACUAAUAUAUAUCUAAUAAAUCUACAAUGAAAUAAAGUUUCAAAAAAA